AUGUAUUUUUGUUUAUAUUUUUGCAGAUAUCAACGUGGAAAACGGAAUUCUAACCCGAAUGUUUCUAUCAUCAAAAUUGGAAGAACAGACGGAGUAACAAGCAAGGAAGAAACGCUUUUUUACCUUGGAAAACGGGUGGCAUAUGUGUACAAAGCAAAGAAAGAAAUAAGAGGAACGAAAAUUCGUGUUAUAUGGGGGAAGAUAACACGUCCGCAUGGAAACUCGGGGUGUGUUAGAGCAAGAUUCCGUCACAACCUUCCACCGUGCACAUUAGGUGCAUCAGUCCGGAUUGUCUAUUGCCGUUGGUUUUUUGACUCUACUAACUUUGUCUGCAGAUGCUUUAUCCAUCAACGAUUUAAAUACCAAACCUGA